AACCCGGAGAUUAUCUAGCCGACGAGUUUUUCCACUUUUAAUCCAAGGGAACCGGUAUUAAUGGAGUUUACGAAUCUCUUCCUCAACUCUGAGCACAUUUUAUCCAUUUAAAUCAUAUCAUCUCUGGUGUGUGUGGCUCACUUUUUUGCUUUUUCCGUGGAGGAGGACCCGCUGUUGAUCUUAUGUUCCCCUCUCUCUUUGUGCGCCCUCCCGGUUCUCCAUUCGCCAGACGCGGAGCAGAGCCGCAUCACCAUCAUCAUCAGCGCUCGCGCUGCCUCUCUCUCUGCGCUCGCAGUCAGGACCCGUGUGCCCUGCUAUCCCACCACCAUGAAUUCGGAUAUUAAUAUGUACUUGGGUCGAGAGAAAACGGGAAUCAUGCGAAAGAGAGCCCUGCUACUCAGGAAAGGCUGCAGUUUCGAAAUAACGAGCUCAGCAUCAGAGGAUCUUGGGUGCAGGCGGGGAGAGUUCAGCCGGAAACACUAUGGAUCAGUUGAACUGCUCAUCUCUAGUGAUGCAGACGGGGCCAUACAGAGAGCUGGGAGAUUCAGAGUGGAGAAUGGAUCAAUAGAAGAGACCUCUGACCAUACGCCUGGAACAUGGAGGAGAACUGACGUCCAUCUGGAGAACCCAGAGUAUCACACCAGAUGGUACUUCAAGUACUUCCUGGGAAAAGUUCAUCAAAACUAUGUGGGGACGGAUGCUGAGAAGAACCCCUUCUUCCUGUCUGUGGUUCUGUCAGACCAGAACAACCAGAGGAUCCCACAGUAUCGAGCCAUCCUCUGGCGCAAGACGGGUACUCUAAAAAUCAGCCUUCCAUACAGUCCAACAAAAACACUAUCAGUCAAAUCUAUAUUAAGUGCCAUGAAUGUGGACCGUUUUGAAAAGGGCCCGAGGGAGAUCCUUAACCCAGAGAUUCAGAAGGAGUUACUGGUGCUGGAGGAGCAAGAGGGUAGUGUAAAUUUUAAAUUUGGUGUUCUUUAUGCCAAAGAUGGACAGCUGACAGAUGAUGAAAUGUUCAGCAAUGAAUCGGGAAGUGAGACUUUUGAUAAAUUUCUGAAUCUCCUUGGUGACGCGAUCUGUCUGCAGGGCUGGGCAGGUUAUCGCGGAGGACUGGAUACUAAGAAUGACACUACAGGAAUAAAUUCCAUCUACACAGUCUAUCAGGGUCAUGAGCUCAUGUUCCAUGUUUCAACCAUGUUACCUUAUUCUAAAGAGAACAAGCAACAGGUAGAGAGGAAGAGACACAUUGGGAACGACAUCGUGACCAUUGUGUUUCAGGAGGGAGAUGACGCCUCGCCGUCCUUCAAACCCUCGAUGAUUCGCUCCCAUUUCACACAUAUUUUUGCCUUAGUUCGAUAUAAUAGCCAGAAUGAUAGUUACAGGUUGAAGAUUUUCUCAGAGGAGAGUGUGCCGCUGUUUGGCCCUCCCCUCCCUUCCCCACCAGUGUUCACAGACCACCAGGAGUUCAGGGACUUUUUACUAGUUAAAUUAAUAAAUGGAGAAAAAGCCACUCUUGAGACCCCCACUUUUGCUCAGAAACGUCAGCGUACACUGGACAUGCUGAUUAGAUCCCUGUACCAGGAUCUCAUGCCUGACAUGCCCAAGGUUCCCUUCUCUCCGCAGAACAUGCUGAACCGACGCUCAUUCAGCGACGUACUGCCAGAGUCGCCCAAAUCCGCCCGUAAAAAAGAGGAGGCACGUCAGGCUGAGUUUGUUCGAGUGGGACAGGCCUUGAAGCUGAAAACUAUCGUUCGAGGGGAUGCGCCCACCAGUCUAGUCACCACUGGCCUUUGCAGGAAAGAGCCAUGGGAGUCACAGUCGUUCUGCAGUAGCUUCCCGUAUGAUAUAGUCUGUGGAGAUUCAUGGGGACAGUCAUUACUGGUCGCCACAGAUUCAGCAGGGGUCAUGCUACUGGAGGCAUCAGAUCCACUCUUCCCCAAUGCAGAUACACCAACUCUGCCUCCGGUGCAGGUAUUUGACAAAACCUUGACUGUAAAACAAAUGCACGUCCUUGAACCUCAGGAUCUCCUCAUUGCAAGAGCAGAUAAGGGGAAAGAUGCUCGACUGUAUGUUUACCGACUGAGCACGCUCAAACGAGGGAUCGAGGAGCGGCAGCUUGUCCGCACCAAGUGUGACAGUCGAGAGAACAAGCUUGAGAAAACCAAAGGCUGCCAUCUCUACUCCAUAAACACGCAUCAUGGGGUGGAGCUCAGAAUCAUUGUGGCGAUAAGAAACAAGCUUCUUCUGAUCACCAGGAAACAGUCACGGCUGGAUUGCCUCAGCUCUAUCGCUACAGUCACAGGGACCACCGACUCACCUGUGGACGAUUUCCAAUACAUAAGAGAGAUCUGCUUAUGUGACUCCCCGGUGGUCAUGGCCCUGGUCGAUGGCCCAACAGGAGAGAAUGAUCACAUGAUCUGUGUGGCCUACAGACAUCAGUUUGACUUGAUCAAUGAAAGUACAGGAGAUGCCUACAGACUACACCAUGUAGACUCCAACCGGGUGAACUUUGUUGCUGCCAUAGAUGUGUAUGAAGAUGGAGAGGCUGGACUACUUCUUUGCUAUAACAAUAUUUGCAUCUAUAAGAAGGUGUGUCCGUUUAACGGUGCAACUCCUAUGAUUCAACCCAACACUUCAGACUUCCAUUUCAGCUGGAACCAAAUGCCCAAUGCUAUUGUGUGUGCGUUUCCAUAUAUACUUGCAUUCACCACUGACUCCAUAGAGAUCCGGCUAGUUGUUAAUGGCAACCUAGUAUAUACAGCUGUCGUUCCAGAAUUGCAACUGACUGCGUCCAGAUCGGAUAUCUAUUUCAUCUCAUCAGCACCUAUAAACUCUGCCUCUAACUGUAGCUCCAGAGACACUAGUUCCCAGAGUUCCCCUCAGACUCCCACCGGCUACGAGAUGCCUGUCUUCCCUUCACCGCUUGGAGAUGAUUGUAUUCGGAUCCCCUACGGCACCAAGCUAUCCCUCUACAUGUCUAAAGACUCUGAAGGUGAAGUUCCCCCAAAACACAUCUAUAAGAUCCCGUUGAGCAACCUAGUUGGACGGAGCAUAGAAAGGCCCCUCAAGUCUCCAUUGGUCAAUAAAGUGCUCACGGUACCCGCCUCCAGUUUGAUCGGCCCCACUCCCAUGAUCUCAAGCACAACCUCCCUCUCACUGUCUCGCAUGGAGAUCAAAGAGAUCGCCAGCCGUACACGGAAAGAACUACUGGGUUUGACUGAGGAACCCAGCAGUAAGGCAGAUGGUAACUCAGUGAAACAGAGAAGAAUGAGCAAGAAAACCAAGGAGGAAGACCAGAGGAGAACAGCAGAGAUCAGCACCACUGAUCAGCAGGUAUGUCCAAUCAGAGUGGGAAUGGAGUCUGUAGAUGGAGAAACUGAUGUCCAGCAGCUUUGCUCAUCUGGCUCUGAGGUGGAGCCUCGAGGUGAUAGCCCACCCACGUCCUGCCCUUUUACCUUCGCCACAUCUUUUGAGGAGGAUAUUUUGGAUCUUAAGUGAUGACAAUCACAGUCUGUGGAUCACAGUGCACCUCUCACCUCCUACUAACUUUUACUUUAUAUUAUUCUUUUAACCAUGUUACGUAGAAUUUUCUGUUUUCCCCAGUCAUCUGUGUGUGCAAAUGCAUCCCCUGAGCUUUAAACUUUACAGGAGAAUGAGUUUACAGUGUGGUGAUGUCAAAAUUUACUCCUGGUGGAUGUAUGCAUGUGUGUGCAUAUGUGUAUGAUCCUGUGUUUACUCUAUAAGAAAGAUAAAAAUACAACUAGAAAAUCAGAUUAUCAUUUCCAAAUUCUGUUCGAAGAAGAAAUAAAUUUACAGAAAAUUUCCAAAAACUCCAAAAAUCUAAAUGACUCAAGGCUGGAUUGGUGAGACACAUUCUCCAUAAGCUUUGGGACAAAUCUAUAGCUUUGUAGCAAACUUGUAGCCAUAUGAACAGAAAUAAGAUCAUUAAAACCUUUCUUAAAAGGUCUGAGCCACAAUUUAAGUUAAGGCAAAAUAUUACUUUUCACUCCAAGGCCAGAAUGUAAGAUUGAUGCUCCUAAAACAAUGAAACAUAUUUUUUAACUUGUUAUUUUGCGUUUUUAAAUGUUUUCUAUGUUUGUGAUUUGUACUGUACAUUGUGUGAUUAUCAAAGUUGUAAAAAACUCUAUAUGCAUCUCAGGCCAGAUGCACAUGAACAUACAAAUGUAAACAUAUACAUAUAUAUACCUUUCUAGUUGUAUUAUGGAGAAAUAAAACUAUCUUCUUAUGUAUAUCAAUGUUAUGAUCUAACCUGCCUUCACCCUCACCAUGCUUUUAAAGCCUGACAUGCAAUCACUCUGCAGAAAGGGCAGGAGUCUCCCACAAGUGCCAUUUUCAACUGCAGCCGUCAACCACUGGCGUCCUCUAUCAGACUGACCAUGGAUUGCAUAAAUCAUGAGGCAGAAGCGCACAAAAAUCAUAACACAAUUUGGUCACUACAUCUGGUAAAUCUGCAGCUGGUUACUAUGCUAACAGUAUGAGCUUUGUCCAUGAAUAUCCGCAUUUACAGGCACACAGUCAAAACGCAUUCUUUAAGUUGUUAAGAUGUUGUUUCUUGAAAAGGGCUCUAGAUCACCUGCAUGCCUCCACUCAAUCCCACUACGAAAUAAAAGGGAUUUGAUGUAUUAAUGGAUUAGAAUUAGGAUGUAUAUUAUCUUUACUCUUCUCAUGAAUUUGAUAGAAAUUAAAAAAUAAAAAAAUAUAAAAAACUCUAGGAAUUCAUUCCAGGGUUACUUGGAUUUAAUAGAUAGAUUGAUAGAUUGAUAGAUCACCAAUCUUUGUCUUUUUUAAUAGAAUCUAAAUAAUCUUAAAAAACAAUCAUUUUGAGAAGCAAAGAGAUAAAGACUUUUCUUAUUUUCUUUGCCCCAUUUUUUUCUUGAUUUAAGCAUUUAUACACACACACACACACAGACAUACAUAUACAUAUAUAUAUAUAUAUAUAUAUAUAUAUAUAUAUAUAUAUAUAUAUAGUCUUAGAAAAAAAGUCUUUUAACAUGAAUUAUUUAAGAAUGUUUAGAUAUUUUUUCUGGAAAACAACACAAAAAUACAGAUAAAUUAUUUUUGCUGUGUAAUUUGAGAAUGAGAAUAUUGAUUCUGCUGUUUACAGUUCAAACUCAGAGAUGUUUAAAGCAUUUUAUCAAAGUGACACGAACACAAGAGCCUCAGGAACAGCACGAGAGGAGGUGUAAGUAUUAAACUGCUUAGCUGAAUGCAUGUACACCCCACACCCCCCACCCCACUCUCAGCCUUUCUCCAUCUGAAUGUGAACCACUCAACUCUAGUAGCAGCCUGGAAUAAAAAGGGAAAACAAUAAUAUUUUUGUAAAUGAAAAGUUUUACAUAUUAUUUAUUUGCUAUUUGUUGUCUUUGAUGAGCGCUGGGUGAGCCAGAGUCUGAUGGAAUAUAUAUAUAUAUUUUCUUUUUUCCCCCUUUGGCUAACUGUCCGUUGUCUUCCCACUCCUCCUGUUUUUGCAGUGGUUUUGUAUCUAUAUCAAUAUUAACUGUUUAGACUGUUUCAGAAACUCUGUGAUAUCUGAAAUGAAACAAAAAUGAAUAAUAAAAAAAAAAAAACACCAAGUGUCUUAAAACAUUGUAUUGCCAUUGUUUUUAAUGCCAAGUACUACUUGUAAAUGUUUGUGUUUCAGAUGUGGCCUCAAAAUAUUACUAUUAUUAUUAUAACAUUUAUUUGAAAUGUGUUGUAGCCCACUGCUGUAGUUAAUAUUGUUCAUUGAUAUUAAAUAAAUAUUUAUGAAAUUGA